AUGCCCAGCAUUACUCGGAAGACCCGCCUUCGGGCCGUUAUAGCAAUAUCGUUCUGUUUCUUCUUGGCAGAGAUAUCAGUCGGUUUCUACACUCGCUCCUUAGCCCUUGUUGCAGAUGCUUUCCACUACCUCAACGACCUGAUCGGUUUUAUUAUAGCCCUGGUGGCAGUCCAAGUGUCAGAACGCAAGACAUCACCUGCAGACCUUUCAUUUGGUUGGGCACGUGCCCAAUUGCUUGGUGCCUUCUUCAACGGCGCCUUUCUACUUGCCCUAGCCCUCAGUAUCGCCCUACAGUCUAUCGAGCGCUUCAUUACCAUCGAGCACGUCGACAACCCAAAAUUAAUCUUAAUCGUGGGAUGUAUCGGACUGUUUCUCAACAUCAUCAGCGUUCUGUUCCUGCACGAGCAUGACCACGGCCAUGGCCACAGCCAUGGCCACGGAAACAGCAGCGAUAGAGAAGUCCGAUUGUCUACCCCAACACACGCCAAUCACCUGCAUCUAGCCAUGCAACCUAAGAAACACGGCAUGGAUCUUGGUAUCUUUGCUGUUCUCCUUCACGUCAUUGGCGACGCCAUCAACAACAUCGGCGUCAUCAUCUCAGCUGUAAUCAUCUGGUUCGUAAAGUCACCCAACCGCUUCUACGCCGAUCCAGCAGUCAGUAUGUGGAUCGCCAUCAUGAUCUUCCUCUCCGCACUCCCUCUUACGAAGCGGAGCGGUAAGAUUCUCUUGCAAUCCGCACCAUUGGGCGUCAAGAUUGAAGAUGUCAAGCAUGACCUGGAAGCAAUCCCAGGUGUCUUGGGUGUACAUGAGUUGCACGUCUGGCGUCUGGACCAAAAGAAGGCAAUUGCGUCGGCGCACGUCAGGGUCAGUGAUCCUGACAUUGCAAGCUUCAUGGAGAAAGCAAAGAUCUUUUCUGAGUGCCUGCAUGCAUACGGCAUACACUCUGCGACACUUCAGCCCGAGCUUGCAUCGCCUGCAGAGAGACUAGAGGAUACACCAGAUGCAUCUGAAGGAGUAACUCCGGCAAUGCCCAGUGCUACAAGCACAGCGCGGCCAAGUACAGAAAAGUGUCGCGUCCCAUGUGGGUCGUUGUGUGAGGAGUUGAAAUGCUGUAAUUAG